AUGAACCCACUUGAUCCAUUACCCCGCCUUCGAUCACCCCCGUUGCAAUGUAACUCGGUCAUCGCGUUCCAUAAAUCUACCAAGUUUGCAGAACUUGGUCCGCGCUUUUUCUCUUCCAAUUCCGUCGGCCUAGGAGUUGGUGCAUCGUCGUUGCCGGUACUUGCACCUCCAGUAGUCGGCCGGUGGCUUUUAGUCUCCUCCGCACUUGUUUUUGCGGUCAUAGUUGUUGGAGGCGUUACGCGCCUCACUGAGUCAGGUCUUAGCAUUACGGAGUGGCGGCCUGUCACUGGUGUCCUGCCACCGCGGACUGCGGAAGACUGGAAUGCGGAAUUCGACAAAUACAAGUCAACUCCUGAAUUCAAACUGAUGAACCACUCCAUAUCCUUGGAUGAGUUUAAGAAUAUCUUUUACAUGGAAUGGGGACACCGCAUCCUGGGGCGUCUGAUUGGCAUCACGUUUAUUGCGCCGCUAGCGUACUUUGCGUUACGGAAGAAACUAUCACCAUCGAUGCCUGCCAAAUUAAGCGGAAUGGCCACUCUGAUCGGUUUUCAGGGUGUCCUGGGAUGGUACAUGGUAAAGUCUGGUCUGGAGGACUCAAUUAUGGACACCCCAGGCGCAGUUCCGCGUGUAUCGCAGUAUCGUCUUGCUGCGCAUCUCGGUACUGCACUUGUCUUGUACGGAGGUAUGCUUGCCACAGGACUGGCUGUAAUACAAGAUUGGAGAUAUGCACGCAGCGGGGCGUGGGGCGGCUCCAAGACCGUGUCAUGGGAAAGCGUAUUAUCAAAUCCGGUUAUCAGAUCGUUCACCAGGAAAUCCCGUACUUUGACAGCAUUAGUGUUUCUGACUGCCCUGUCAGGUGCUUUUGUGGCCGGAUUGGAUGCCGGGCUACUGUAUAACGAGUUCCCUCUGAUGGGCGGGCGCAUUGUGCCUCCCAUGGAUGAGUUGUUCUCUGCAGCAUAUGCCAAGGCCGCGGAUAGGUCCGAUAUUUGGUGGAGAAACAUUUUUGAAAAUCCAACUGCCGUUCAAUUUGACCACCGACUUUUGGCCAUGACAACGUAUAUGAGUACUUGUCUCCUAUAUCUGCAUAGCCGUCGUAAUGCGGUUCGCAAUCUGUUGCCACCCGCCGCUCGCAGGUCAAUAACGGCAGCUUUUCUGAUGGCCAAUGUACAAGUGAUACUUGGCUUGGCCACUCUUCUAUAUCUUGUACCCGUUCCUGUCGCAGCCGCGCACCAGGCAGGUAGUGUGGCACUGUUGAGCACGAUGAUCUCUACGCUGGUUGCACUGCGCCGUCCAAGCAUGGCAGCUCAGCUGUCGCGGAAAGCCAAAGCUAGCACGCCCCAAACCAGUCAUUAA